AUGCUGCCUGGGGGACUGGAGAAGAACGCAACGGUCCAUGGAAGCAAACCAGUCAUGGACUUGCUGGUGACCCUUUGCGCCAGCUACCACCUCAACCCUUCAGAGUACACGGUUGAAGUUCUAUCCCCAGGCAAUAAUAAUAUUAGCUUCACGCCAAACUCUCCGAUUGGUUUACUAGAAGCUGAAAAGAUAGUUUUAAAGCCCAGGGGAGGCGAGGAGAAAAUCAGGACGCCGUACAUGCCAGAGGCGACUGUGCGGCUUUUAAUUAACUACAACCAGUCCCGUAAGACUGUGGUGCGGGUGAACCCUCGGCUGCCCCUGGAACUGCUGCUGCCGCUGGUGUGUGACAAGUGCGAGUUUCAGUUGGAAAGCACCAUUUUGUUGAGGGAUUGCGAGUCCAAAGAGCCGCUGGACCCGAGGAGGAGUCUGAACGAGCACGGCCUGAGGGAGGUUUAUGCCAAAGACACAGCAGCUGAGGACCACGUGGGACCAGGCCUUCAUUCUGCAGCAGAUAUUGCUCCAACCAAGUCUAGCUCCCUGUCUUCAUCUCUCCAAGAUCUGACAAAAAAGGAGAAGAAAAAGUCUGGGUCCAAAGGAUUCUUGAGUUUAUUCAGAAAACAUCGGAAGAAAUCUGAACCGAGUCAUGUGGUCAGCGCCCCGUCGUCUCCUGGAGCCAAGCUGAGGUCUUCCAGUGUGAGCAGUCAGGACGUGGCCUCCUGCACCACAGCCACUGCAGAUCUGAGGAAGAAGAGACGAGCUCCUCUACCUCCCAUGGGUGCAUCCAACAGCACGCCCAACAACCUCGGCUUCUGCCACCUGCAAUCGCCACAGAGGUCUGGUGAUGAUACAUUGAGAAGCACCAAAAGGAGGGCACCGCCGCCGCCAUCGGCCACAAACCACAACAAAGACGCCACAGAAGAUUCUAUCAUCUCUUUGGAGGAAGUGAAAGAGUCUGAGGAAACUGUCCAACAACCAUCUCCAUCCUCUUCAUUACCUGCCCCUCCAUCACCCCCAUCUCUACCUCCAUCUCUCCCACCAGCUCCUCCCUCCACUCACCCUCUCCAUAAGACCCAUCACCCAAACGCUCCCAGUAUUCAUAGUCAAGACCUGUCUGACGCCCGUGCAGCUUUGGCUCAAGUCCUCACGUCGUCCUUGACCGGUGGGACGCUGGUUAAACGCCUCAGAAACUCCUCUUUCUCCAAAGCCCACAACGGUGCUUCAUCUGUGUCCGAAAGUGAUGUAGAACUAAAGUCGGUUCUUUGUAGAAAUUUGCAAACGGACAGUGACUUUGGAGACGCCGCAGGAAGAAGAGGGCUGACCACGUAUAAAGUGGUGCCGUCGAGGAGGCAAAGUGACGCAGAGCCGGUCCCAGAGGAGGCAGAAGGAGCUAAAGUCAUUCCAGAACCUGAGCAACCAGUCAACCCAGACCUGGAGGAAAUAGAAACAAAACCGGAGCAGGUCAACCCAGAACCGGAGCAGGUCAACCCAGAACCGGAGCAGGUCACCCCAGAACCGGAGCAGGUCACCCCAGAACCGGAGCAGGUCACCCCAGAACCGGAGCAGGCACGUCCAGGCCCGGAACCGGAGGAAGCAGGCCCGGAACCGGAGGAAGCAGGCCCGGAACCGGAGGAAGCAGGCCCGGAACCGGAGGAAGCAGGCCCGGAACCGGAGGAAGCAGGCCCGGAACCGGAGGAAGCAGGCCCGGAACCGGAGGAAGCAGGCCCGGAACCGGAGGAAGCAGGCCCGGAACUCAUAAAUGUAGACCCAGAACCGGAGCUAGCAGAAACAGAAUCGCACCUUAACAAACUCGAACCCGACCAAGCAAAACCAGACCACAUCCAUCAUGAACCGGACCAAGUCAAACCAGAUUGGAACCAAGUGGCCCUAGAACCUGACCAAGUGAACCCAAAAUCAGACCAGGCCAAACCAGAAACCGACCAGGUUGACCCAGAACGCGAUCAAGUCGAACCGGAAAUAGAAAUCUGUCCACAACCAGAGCUAUCUUCAAAAACGGAAGAGUGUCUGGACCAAUCAGAAAGCGGCUUACCCAUACAAUGUCUGGAUGAGGAGGAAACUAAUUCUAAGGACACUGUUGAAACGGCAAAACAACAAAAUGGAGAAGUGGAGUGUAUCGUUGACCACAAAGUAGAAGCGUCGGAGCCCUGUCAUGAGAUCAACCGGGAUUUGUAUUUAGGGGAAGAGGAAGUGGUGCAGUGUCAUACAGAGACAUGUGAUGAAAAAGAGACGCAUAACACACAAGAGGAUGACAGUUUCCCUCCACCGCCGCCUCCCAUGUAUUUCAACGAAGAUUUGGGUGAAGCCGACGGUGGUUUUGUCACCAACGGACACGUGUGUUCCAAUAGUGAGCCUCCCAAACUCAAACCACCAGCGGAGACUUUGGAGGCGGUGGUUUCUGCUCCCUCCAGGUUUGCACAUGCGGUGGCUCUGGCCGUGCAGAGGACCAGGCUGCACAGCACUGGGAAAACAAGUGCCCCGGUUCAGCAAGAUACAUAA